AUGAUAUAUGUGAAGUACGGAUUGACUUAAUAUUAAAAGAAAUAUCAAAUACUCUUUUAAUUGUCUUACCAGUAGAUGCUCCUAUCAAAGUAGAGGAUAUGUUGUCUUCUAAUGAGAUUUAUACUAAAGAAUGUGCUGAAUUAUUGAACCACAAAAGUAUGAAUAUUGAAGAUGCUGUUCAUGACUUAAUCUCUGUUUUUGAAAAUAAUUAUGAAAUUAAGUAUUCUAAGAAAGCCUCAAAAAAGCAGGCACCACCAGGAAAAGGAAAACGUAUAAUGUUUGAAGGUAUUGAAGAUGAAGAUGGAGAUACUGCAGCUCUUCAUGGUGAUGAUAGGAAGGGCAAAGAUAAAGAAGAUGAGUUUAAAGAGAAAUGUAAAGAGAUGGUUGCCUAUUUCAGUCAUCAGCUGCUGGAUAGUCUUCAGAAAGCUACUCGACUAUCUUUGGAUAGUCUUAAAAAACGAAUAUAUGUUUCAAACAAAACGACGUUUAGAAGACCAACAUUUUCUACUCACCCAAGCAAAUCUGAAGAGAAUGUUUCUUUUCUAAAAGCAGAAGUGCACCUUGCUAUACCCAAUGCGGUUAUGGUUCCCAGUUUAGAUGAUAUGCAGCAAGCCAUCAAUCGUAUGAUUCAACUGAUUCUGGAUGUAAGUCGUGGAGUUGCUCAGUGGGGACAGAAGCAUUUGCUAAAAUCUAGUUUAAAAACAGGAGUAGGAAAAUCAGCCAAAAAGGAGGAAAAAAGAGCUGAAGAUGGGAUGAAAAGAAAACUUCGAAAUUUUUACUCAGGUGUUGCUGAAAGUGAAGAUGUUUCUAAAUUAGUUGUGCUCCUCUCUUCUUCUAUGAAUUCUAUAAGAGAAAUAGCUAGUGAAGCUCUGCAGGAUUUUCAGAAAUAUAAAGUGCUUUGGACAGAAGAUAGAGAUGCUAAAAUUCAGCAAUUUUUGGCUAGUUGUCCAUCUCUGACUGAAAUUAGGGAAGAAAUACUUCAUUAUGCUAUGCUUGAGCAAGAGAUGGAAGAUUUGAAACCCACUCUUCUUCUUGGUCCAAUUGAAUUGCACACAAGACCAUUGAAAACAGCUUUAUCUGUUGAAGCCAAAGCCUGGAAGUUACUCCUUUGUCGUUAUUUAAAUGAGGAAUAUAAAAAGAAAAUGACAGACAUGACAUCAUUCAUAACCACAUAUUUAAAGAAAUUGUCUCGACCUCUGAAUGACCUAGAUGAUGUCAGGCUUGCAAUGGAAGCUUUAUCUAUCAUACGUGAUAAUAAAAUAGAAAUGGAUAUGACUCUGGGACCUAUUGAAGAAGCCUAUGCCAUUUUAAACACAUUUGAAAUUGAGGUUACAAAAGAGGAAGCAGAAGGAGUUGAUACACUCAGAUAUUCUUUUAAUAAAUUACAAGCUAAAGCUAUCAGAAUUCAAGAUGAAUUGACUCGAGUUCAGCCAAAAUUUAAAAGCAAUUUACUGGAAUCAGUUGCAGUUUUUCAGGAGGAUGUAUCAAACUUUGAAACAUCGUAUGAAACGGAAGGCCCUAUGGUUCCAAAUAUUCCACCUCAGGAAGCUAGUAAUAGGCUACAGAUCUUUCAGAGUAAUUUUGAUGAGCUUUGGAGAAAGUUUAUCACAUACUCUUCUGGAGAACAGUUGUUUGGAUUGCCUGUCACAGACUAUGAAGUUUUGCAUAAAGUCAGAAAGGAGUUAGCCUUUCUUCAGAAACUGUAUGGAUUGUAUGAUACUGUAAUAAACAGCAUAAAUGGUUAUUAUGAGAUACUUUGGACAGAUGUAGAUAUUGAAAAAAUUAAUGCUGAGCUUCUGGAUUUUCAGAACAGGUGUGAUCAUAGCAUGAACUGUAACUUAAGUUAA